AUGGUACCCCAAAGAAAACUUCUGAAAGUAUUUAAAAAGACCACCUAUUUGACUACAUUCCUCUUACUUUGCAUUGCUUGGUCAAGAUUACGGCUGUUCUUCCUUAAUGUGAAAUCUCAACCAAAUGCCGUUGAAUAUAAUGGAGGGUUAAUCGAUGAUAUUAAAUUGAUGAAAUGUUAUCGUUGGUAUAAAAAUUGCGAAACAUUAUAUGCACAAAGUGCUGUCCACGAUAAUUCCUUUGUUCUUUGGAAUAGGGUGUCAAAAAAUAUGACAGAUUCUUCAUUGUAUGCAAUUGAAUCAAAUUGGUUAUAUGAAACAUUCUUUUAUGUUCAUUUGUUUAAUACUAACGCAAAUAAAGAAGAUGAAAAACAACCAUUGGCAGAUAUAGCAGUAUCAAGAGAUCCGUCAUUAGUUCCAUUAACAGUUUUACAAGAAGUCAUGCCCUCAUUAAGAUCUUCGGAUUCCAUGAUGGGUAAUAAACGGUUAUAUUAUCAAAAAACUUCUUGGUGGUAUCGAUUUUGGAAUAAUCCUCUUCCGACAAAAAUGAAUUUAAUGAAUAAAUGGAAACAUAAUAAUGAUAUCUUAUGGUCCAAAAUACAACAUGAUUCAUGCCUAAUUACUAAUAUUCAGUUAUAUUUAGGUUCUAAUUUCGUAGAGUCUCGUCCAUUUUGGAAAGAAAUUAUACAUGAAUUACAUAAUGAAGAUGGUAACUCAAUACCAAUCUCUAUAACAAGAAAAGUUGAAUGUGGGUUUGAUGCAAAUCAUACCUUCCCAAAAAAUACUAUCAAUAAUAAAGAUUUAUUACAGCUUAAACAAAAAUCUGAUUUGAAAAUUUUACAACUUUCUGAUAUUCAUAUAAAAGGUAAUGAAGAAAAUUCUGCCAUAUUAGGAGAAUUCCAAUCAAGAAUAUUUAUUUCAAGAAUAAUCGAUAUUGAACGCCCUGAUCUAGUAGUUAUAACUGGUGAUAUUUUAGAUGGCAAUAAAUCUGUAGACUAUCAAACCUGUAUUUUAAACGUGGUUCAGCCAAUAAUUAGAGCUCAGAUACCCUUUGUUAUAUCUUUUGGCGCAAAAGAUUUCUCAAAAUAUGCUACUCAACAAGAAAUUACUGAUUUUGUUAACCAAAUACCAUAUUGUUUAAAUAAAAACUCAGAUUCGAAUGGUCAUCUAACGAUUCCUUAUAAUUUUUCUACUAUACCAAAUGAUUCAAAGGAUGAUUAUUCAAAUCUCAUAACACAAAAUGACCUAGCAAUCUUUAUCUUUAAUUCAAAAACUUCCAAAAGACAAUUUUUUAAAGAUUAUAUCUCUUUGUACAAAUCACCACCUAAAUUAGCCUUAGCUUUUCAAUACUUACCAAUACCCACAUAUCGAUUAUCUGGCGUAUUUCCAAUUAUUGGACAAUAUAAUGAAAGAAAUCUUUUACCAGAGGGAUUUGAUAACGAUGAUAACUUAAUCAAUUAUAUGCAUGAAAUGAAUAUCAAGGCUUUAAGUUGUGGGUUUGAUCAUAGUAAUGACUGUUGUCUCCAAUCUAUUCAUGAUAUUUGGCUUUGUUAUAGUGGUGCAACAGGGUUGACAGCUCCUCAUUCAAUUUUCAUGCCUCCAAGUGUCCGCUUAUUUAAGGUAGAUAAUAUUGAUAAAUCAAUUACUUCAUGGAAAAGAAAUUAUAAUAAAAUUGAUGAAGUUUAUGAUUAUCAGUAUAUAUACAACCAGCCCAAACAAAAACACACUCCUUCAAACUAA